CGUUGAGGUUUGGCACCAGUCGGCGUUGUUAUUGAACAUAGGGGCUAACCUCGGGCACGGCAAGAAUAAUCUGAACCAUCUGUUUGCAGUAGCAUGCGUGAUAGUUAGCUUCGGUCGCUAGCCUCUCGUUUGUAGCCUCUCUCUGACCGUGGUUGGUUCCUCGUGUGUGCUCGCAGCGUUAUCAUGAGCGACGGAGGAGUGUUCCAUGAGAAGCAAAGACUGGAGCUGUGCGCGAUCCAUGCUCUCAACAACGUGCUCCAGGAGCGGGUGUUCACCAAGGAGACCGCCGAUGACAUCUGUAAGCGCUUGGCUCCUCAGUGUGUGGUGAACCCUCACCGGUCCAUGUUGGGCACAGGAAACUAUGACGUCAACGUCAUCAUGGCAGCACUACAUAGUCGCGAACUGGCCGCGGUGUGGUGGGACAAACGCAGGACUGUUCAGAGUCUUUGCGUAUCUAAAGUGCAAGGCUUCAUCUUGAACGUCCCCUCCUGCAUCUCACUCGGCUUCGUGUCGCUGCCACUGCGAAGGCGGCACUGGCUAGCUGUCCGUCAAGUCAAUGGUCAGUACUACAACCUGGACUCCAAACUGAAAAGUCCAGUCUGUAUUGGAGGAGAAGCAGAACUACGCUUGUUUCUCGGCGAACAGCUUUCUCAGGACGUGGCAGAGAUGCUGCUGGUGGUCCGGCGGGAGGUGGAGGAGGACGGCUCGUGGUUGAUCCCCGACAACACCAAGAAGGAAUGACUUAAACAUAAACACAGAGUUGCUCUGUGAGGAGGACACAAGCAAGCGCCUCAUUCUGGAGGAGCCUUCAGGGAAAUGAGCAAGAUAUUCCAAAGAGCAGCAGAGAAGGGAGGGUCCGUCUGAUGGGAAGCCUCGUGAUUGUUACCAGCUUUGAAAUGACUGAUGUAUGAUUUGAAGUCUGGUUAUUGAACCCUUUACUUUAGACACUGGGUGACACUGUUGAGUUUACUGGUUGAACCUCAUAUUUUUUUACUUGAGAAGUGAUGGACGUUUUCUGUUAGCUCGUAGGCACGACUGCAGAAAUGAAGCAUUCAUUUGGAGAGAAUUUUGAGUUCACUAAUAAGCUUCCCUCAGUGGCCAAAUUCAGAGCCACUGUCACGCCGGUAGCAGUUUUCACAUCAAGACGAAGUCUCGUCUUGGACUAUGCACAGCAGAGAGAAGACCUGUAGGAGCAGCUUGUUUCCAUGUGUCGGCCAUUGUGAAAGAGAAGUCUGGCGUCACUGCAUGUUCGUUCAGUAUAGAGACUCCUGUAAGGUUGUCGUGUGUGGUGGGGGAUACUUUUGGUGUGCAAGACAGCACAUGUACUAAACACUUGGUGUGUCCACCGUAGCUGGAGUUCGAGCACGUUUAAUGUGUGUAUCGCUCUUCGUCGUGAUUCAGAGCUAAUUAAUAACAUGCCAGGCGACUCUUUUCUGUGACUGUUUACAAUCUCUGUGUCGUGUCUUGUCUCUUGAUCUAUGCAUAUCCAAAAAUCUGGGAGCACUAAGUGAAUCACCGGAACUUAAUUUAUAUUAAACUUUGAAUUUCUUUUA